AUGACUGGUAGCAGUGAAUAUCAUGGAGUAAUAGGCGUAGAUCGUAUUCAUGGUAAAAUUGAUGAAGAUCUUUUGUUGUGUUCAAUAUGUCAUAACGUUCUUUGGAACCCCGUAGCAUGUAAAUCGUGUGAAAAUGCAUUUUGUACACUAUGUAUUCAUACAUCUUUAAAAGAAAAAAAUAAUUAUUGUCCAUUUAAUUGUUAUUUUGAAGAACGUAAAUGUCCACCAUGUAUAUCAAUAUUAUUAUCAAAAUUACAAAUUGAUUGUUGUUAUAAAUUGAAUGGUUGUACAACCAUUGUCUCAUAUGAAAGAUUAGAUGAACAUGAAGAAGAAUGUAAUUAUCAGCCGUUGGAAUGUGAAAAAUGUCAUAAACAAAUGUUAAAACAAGAUUUUGAACAACAUCAACAAGAAUGUGAAUUGAUCGAUCUUACUUGUAAUGAGUGCCAUGUAAUUUAUAAACGCAAAGAUUUAAAUCAGCAUACAGAAAUUGAAUGUUUACAAAAUCAGUUUGAACAACAACAACAGAUGAUUGAAAAGAAAAUGAAUGAAAAUGAAGAUAUUGUGAAAAAUAUGGAAAAAGAAACACAACAUCUAGUGCAGAGUCAAAUGACUACGAUGGAUACAAAAUUAGAAUUAGUUGAUGAAAUACUACGAAUGGAACAUGAAACACAACAAAAUGAAUUUGAACAAAAAUUUCAAACUCAACAAGAUCUGUUUGAUGAAAAACAAAAAUUAAUGGAAAAGAAACUAAAUGAAAAUGAUGAAAAAUAUAAUAUGAUGCUCGAAAAUAUAGAAGAAGAAAUUCAACAAAUAAGACUUUUAAAAAAUGAUAGUAAUGCUAAUGAAAAUGGUACUAAUGCUAAACUAUGUAAAGUAGAUCUAGAUAAGCUGUCGAAAUCAGUGAGAUAUGCCGGUAAUCCAAGAUUUUAG